GCUGUAUCCAUGUUUAUCUAUAAUAUGUUGGACUAAAGCUUCAGGAUUAUCAUCAAUAGUACUACAGUAAGCACAUUGUGAGAAAUAUUUCAUGUCAUUUGCUUGCUUUUGUUGAUGAAUCUUUAAAUGACGUAUGAAUAAUGUUGAGUUGUUGGUAUAGUAACUGCAAGUCGAUCCCAUGCAUUUAAAUAAUGCUGAUAAACAAAAUCCAUUCGCAAGCAUAUUUUCGCAAUUUUUUAAUAAUUUCCUGUGCUCGCUUGUUUUCAGCCACGGACGAAUUUUGUUUAAUGUUGCUGCAGAACUAAGCAACACAAGUUUCUUAUCUUUCUGAGCUUCAAGUAACAUGACGCAUGUUGGGAUUUCUGUCAUUGGCGGUGUCAUAUAGCCUACUGGUGACUUAGGCUCAUUUUUAAACUCUGACGGAAUAUUUUGAGGAAUUUGAGUUGGUUCAUAUGAAAUCAAUUCCAAACUAUCAUCAUAUAAAGCCGUAACCUGAUUCAUAUUAUUAUUGUUUGUUGUCUGAUUACAUGAUGCUAGUUCACGAUUAAGCAAAAUUUGGUUUGAUUGUGUUGAUUUUCUGGCAUUUUGCAAUUUUUUUGUAGGCAUAAUUUGUUGAGCGUCCAACAUUUUUAACAUGCUCGUAGAUGAUGGAAUUGAAUCCACUGAUAUAAUUUUAAUGAAAUUUGAUGACUUUUCUGGUGUAAUUUUCUGUUUUGCUGGUAAUUGUGGCUCGAAAGCAACAGCAACACUAUUUCUUCUUGUUGCUUGUCUAACUGACUGUCUUAUUGCUGUUUUUUCUGAUGUCUGUGAGAUCAUUCUUAAAAUUGGCAGCGUGUCAAUUGAAUUUCUGUUUCGUUUUGGACCUUGAAGUUUAGCAACAGGAGCUGAUUUAUUGACGUUCUUUAAUAAUUCAGCAGAUUUUGAUGAAGUUUGUGGUGUGACGGGAGAUGUUGUAGGAUUUCCAGUGACUUCUUGAGGUUUGACUGUUAAAUCCACUGUUUUUAAAGUAACAAUGCACGAAUCAUCAGAAUUUUGUUGAGAAUCUUUAUCUUCUAAUUUUUGCUUUUUUGACUGAGGAGAUGGCUGAUAUUUUAUAGUUUUUGGAGACUUGUUUAGAGCUUUUGAUGAUGUUUGUGGAGUUACCGGUUGUUCUGUUUCUUUUUUUGAAAUGACUGAUGGUUCGCGGUACAGCGAUUUUUUUCUUGAGCGAGUUAUUCCUUUUGGGGUUACUUUUUGAGCAUUGAUAUCCUCUACAGCUGUAGUUGAUAUCUGAAUAUGCAUGUUAUCUUCGUCGUCAGAGUCCACAAUGUAAAUUGACUCCUGAUCGUCGAUUUUUUUACUUCCAUUUUGCUGAAUUACAGAUUUGGAUUUUUCAAUUGGAAUUUUUUUAAGUUCUGUUGAUUUUUUUGGGAUAUUUAUGGCUUGAGUGCUAGAACCAACUUUUUCUGAUGAAGAUGGAAGUUCAGGUUGGAACUCAAUUGUCUCUGAAAUAUUUUUCUUUUUUUCUGGUGUGCAUUUUAUAAUUUUAACGGUGCAUUCCUUUAACCCAAGUAUGGACAAUCUGUUCUCAAUCGUGGUGUUAUGGACGCUUGAAAUUUCACCGGCUUUUUCCACUUCCAUUGGAAUAUUGUUGUUUUGAUGAUUUUGAAUGACUUUUUCAACAACAGAUUCAUGUUCUAUUUCUGGCUGAAUUUCUUGAACAGUCUCAACAUUUUUUUCUAUCUGUAUAAUUGGUUCUGAAAUCGGCAAUUGCUUACUUCUUUCAUAUUGGUCUAUUGCUGCUUUCAGAACAUCAACAUCCUUUAUCUUCUUACUCUUUUUCUUUGCUUCCUUUUGUCUCUUUUUAUUGUGAAUUUCAGAGAGUCUUAUUCUCAUUACAGGAAUGUUGUCACCUCUCGGUGACAUUACAAUGUGAGGAUAGUCUUUACGUGCCAUUCUGAUUCUUUUAAACUUCUUUACCUUCUGCUUUGGCUUGAUGAAUUCAUGGGCAUCUUUUGAAGGCUGUUCAGGUUGUGAAGUUGAGCUAUGCACUGACAAUGAAGAAAUGUCUGGGGCUGGAGAAGUUUCAAAUUGGGCAUCAAUUUCAUGAUCACUUUUAUUUUCAGUAUUUAUAGCGUCCAAUCUUUGUUCCGAAAUAUUUUUAAAAUGUUCAAUUUUUGCUAUCAUUUUUUUGAUCAUUGCGUCUAUUGCUAUCUUCUUAUCUUCCGGCAAGCUGUUUGUUUAGAAAGGAUGAAAAUUGAGAUAAGGAAAUGUGGUUAGUCAAGGGCAACAAGCGGUGUUGUUCCUGAAGUCUAUACAUUAAUUUUUAUUACAAUAUUAAAUGAACUCAGAUAGAUCAAACUUCUGAAUAAAUUCUCAGCAUGUAACAUUCAAAAAACAAAAAUUAAAAGUCAAUCUAUAUUCAGCCACAUUAAUCAUGUAAAGUUAUUCAAAAAUAAUUAUCAAAAAAAAAUAUUUUAAUUUAUUAUCGACAACCCAAAACCUUUUUUACAUCUCCAGAAAGAGCAUAAGAUAAGAAAAAAACAUAACAUACUCAUUUAUUUUAGUCAUAUACGCAUAAAGUCUCUCCCAUAUCGGCUCCAAAUCCGUUCCUCUUACUCUCUCACGCAUUUUAUUGACGAACGUUAGAUGUUGCUCUAUUAAAAUAUUUUCAGUGCUCAUUUUUAUUCGUUGGCUACGUGCCUUUACUUCGAAUCAAAAAUCUAGGACAUGAGCAAUCUAUUAAAAACUUUUUAAUUUUAAUAAUGACGAAAUUGUCUUGAUUUUUGAAACUUUAUGUUUUCAAUUUAAUUUGCUGGAUGAAACAUGAGUUGAAAGUUUCUGAACUAUUUGUUUUACAUCGCUUAACUAUGUUUAUUUUAGAAAUAAUUUCACUUUUUGUAAUUUAGGUCAUAAAAAUUUAUAAAAUGCAAUUCCUCAACAAAUUCACUUCAAUUCCACAAUUCUGACAUAAUCACAAGAUUUAAUCGAACUUAAUUUAGAUUAAAUUAAUUAUUUAUCAGUUCCACAACAUGUUUAAGAUAUAAAUAUUAAUGAUUUAAACCGAACUGUUACAUCUACAAACAAUGAAUGACAAAAAAGUAAAUAAAACUAGUAAAAUGUAAUAGAAUAUACUAAAUGUCCGUAGCGCCUCUACAUGUCACAUGCUAUAAGUUCCUCAUUUGUUUUGAGUCAUCCGUAAAGUAAAGAUCAUGUCUUUAACCAAGAAUCAGUUUUAUUACAUAUUUCGGCAUCUAAAGACGUGUAAACAUGUUUAAGCUAGUUUAAGUAUUAAUUUAAGUUCAUUAAGUGUCGUUCGAGUAUGGAGUGAUACCAAAAAAUAUUAAUUAAGCCAUACAUUUGUGAAUUUAAUUUUUAAAAACAUAAAAAAAGUUAAAAAAAUAAUAAAAAUGAGUGAAUUUGCAAUGACAGUAGAGUCCUUAAGAAGGCACUUGCCAUUCUUGGAUAAAAUAAUCGCACACAUGAGAGGAGCGCCGUUUGUGAAACAAUUUGAGAAUAUGAAGAAUGUCAUUGAUUGUGGAAAGAAGUUAUCUCCCGAACAAGUUCAAAAAAUUGAGGCGGCAAUUUCUAACUUGCAGAAGAAAAUUAACGAUUCCAACAGUUGCUCGUCAUCAGGAUCUGCAAAGAAAAACAAUAAAAAUAAAAGUAAUGAAAUGGAAGUAAUUUGCUUAAGUAGCGAUGAUGAGACAACAAGCAAUUAUCUUCCAUAUCAUAAAGAACAUGAAGUUGUAGAAAUUAAAACCAAGCAACAAAAUUUAACCAAUGGAACUAAACAAAUUCCUAAUAAUCGAGUACAAGAAAUAGUUCUUAAACCUGAGAGACCAGAUGUGGAAAUUAUAACGACUAUCAUCCAAACUAAUAACAUUACACCAGACACAGAUAGUCAAAAAAUAGCUUUAAAGCCAGAAAGAAGUGAUGUUGAAACAAUAAUCCGAGAAGUAAAGCUUACAACAGAUCAUAAUGGAAACAGCCAACAUGAUAACAGCUAUCGAACUGAUCAUACCGCAGUUAAAAUUAAAGAAGAAGAACCAGAAUCAGAUAUUGAUGAUUGGAAGACUGUGUACAGCGGUAGUUCUGGACAAUCUGCUAUAAAAACUUUUCCAGAUUCUAAUGUCACUCAAAAUCAUAGCGAGGAUGACGAAAUUUUGCGACCAGCAAGUGUUAAAAGAAAACGAAGAAAGAUUAGUUCCAGUUCGGAAGUGAGUGAUAUUGAAAAAAGCAAAGAUAAACGAAAACGACGAAGAAUUAUGCAAAAUUCAGAAUCUUCUGAUGAUGAGAUGAAAUCUCAAAAAACAUCCAGCACAAGUUCGAGUAGAAGUAAGAGAAAUAAAUCGAAUUCAUCAUCUGAAAGUGAAUUUUAUUCAGCAGAAAGUGCAAAAAGUUCAGAAAAAUCUGUUAAAAGUAAAUUAUCAAAUGAGAAACUAAUGAAUUCUCUUGAAGGCUUCAGGGAAGCUAUCAUCGUUCUUUCUACAAAUAAACAGACAACAGAAACGUCAGCGAUUAUAAAUCUUGUCAAAAACUCUAUUCCUGAUUUGGAAUUGACAAAACUUAUAAUGUUCCUUCGACAAUGUUGUGAACGAGGACUUUUAAGUUUAGAUAAAAAAGGGCUUUCAAGAAAUAGAAGUAAUGAAAGAGUUUUGGAAGACUUUGUGCGCUUAACGUUGAAUCCUCCUGAUGAAAAAGAACAAACAUCUUCUGAUGAGAGUUCAGAUAGCUCAGAAAGUGAGUCUAUGCUUGAUUUCUCUGAUGACCAAGAUUAUCAAUGCUAUUUAAAUAAAAAGGAUAAUUCACUAAGAAGAUCUAAAACAGCAAAAAAAUUAAGGCUUAAACAAAGAAGAAGAGAAUUAGAUAUAUUAAGAGAAGACAUUGAUAAAAGCUUCAUAAAACCAAGUCUUUUAACUUUAAAGCCACGAGAACACAAGAAGGUUGAUUAUAAUAUUGAUAACAAAUCAUCAACUUCUGAUGAUAGCGAUGCUUUCGUUAAUUCAAUUCCUAAAGAUAAAUCGGAGUCUCCGAAAAAGAAGAAACGUCGUGGAAGAAGACGAAUUAGUGAUUCUAGUUCUUCAAAAGGUAAUCAGAAUAAAAAUAAUGAAUCAGACGAAAGUGAAAUUGGGUUCAAGGAGACACUGAAAGCUAAAAAAUUAGAAGACUUAGAUAGUGAUCGAACAACUCCUGAUAAUCUUGUUGGGAAACCAAUGGAAAUUCUUAAGAAUGAAAACUCUGAAGACAACAGAUCUACUCCUGAUAUUGAUCUCGAAAACGAUCCAAGAGUUGUAUCAUUUGAAAGUAAUAAAAAUACUCUUAGUGACGAAGACAUUGACACUGAAUGUAGUUCAGGUGAAACAAUCAGUCCUAAAAUUGUAUUAUUACCAUCAGAUGAAGAUGAACAUGAAAACAAUCCCGUUUACCAUUUCAUUACUGCGGAAAAAAUAACAGGAUGUAAGGUUAUUAUCAACAAAUUACAUAUAAUACAUAAGCCUAAGCCAAAACCUUAUAAAGUUCAUUUUGUAAAUGGUGUUUGGAAGAUCAACAAUGAAAAUUCAACUAAACAACCCGAAGUCAGUAAUUUGGAAACAAACUGUCAGACAGUUGAUGUUAUCAAACCAAUCAUAGUUCCUGUCAAUGUUGAAACUGCUACAAUUGAUCAACCAAAGCUAGACAGACCAGAAGUGAAAAACAAAGAAAAUGAAAAUAUUGAAGCUAAAACUCCUAUUCUAAAUAUCAAAACAUCAAACAAAGAGAAGGAAGAUAAAGCAGAUCUAAAAAAUAUGCAGACUGAAUUAGAUGAUAAUCUUUUUUAUGAUCCAAUAUUGAGUGAGAGCGAUGAGGAUUUUAUUGACAUGAAAUCAAACGAAAAAGUUACAGACAACGAUUUAAAAACAGGAACAAAAGAUCAAGAUGAAAAACAAGCUGGUUCUUUUUCAAACGAAAUGUCUACGGAUCCUCUUAAUAUUAUGACAAACAGCAUAACCGAAGAAAAGUUUAAGAUUCAAGAGGCUUGUAUGUAUGACCCUAUUUCAAGUGAAAGUGAAGAUGAUGCUCUCUAUAUUGAUACACAAGCUCAAACAAAAGACACGGAAGAAGAGAACACGAACAAAGCAAAUAGUAAUAAUGAAAGUAGGCAGGAUAAUAAUCAACACCCAGUAACAAAGAUCGAAAAAAUAGAUAACAAUCCUAUUCAAAAUAAGACAACGUACACAAACGGGGAAGAAUUUAUAACCAUAGAAGAUAGUGAAGAAAUCGUCCCAGAGAGUAACAUCCAAGAAAGGGAAUCUCCAGUUGGACCAAGAAUGCCAGUAACAAAGAUUGAAAAAAUAGAUAACAAUCCUGCUCAAAAUAAGACAACGAACACAAACGUGGAAGAAUUUAUAACCAUAGAAGAUAGUGAAGAAAUCGUCCAAGAGAAUAACAUCCAAGAGAAGGCAUCUCAAGUUACACCAAGGAUGCCAGUAACUCCCGCGAAAAAUCAAGAUUCUACACUAAAAGAAAUGCUUAACAAGAAUUCAAAUACAUUAAUGAAUGCUGCAAAACAAUUAAGUACUCCGAACAAAGAAACAGUCUUACAGCAAACUCCCCAAAAGAAUACAACUCAACACCGUGUAUCUCCAAAUAACAUAAAAAGGAAAUGCUCUCCAAUGUCGAAGUUGUUGACUGCAAAUGAACGAAAAGUAUUGAAUUUGUCAUACAUAUCAUGUCGCGGUGGUUAUCAAUUUCGGUGCUUAAACAACUGUAAAUACUACAAUCUUAGAGAAGAUGCUUUCAAAUAUCAUAUCCUCUCAAGACAUGUGAUGGAUAAAUGGGCUGGAUUUUGUAAUCUAUGUGGAAAAAGUUUUUCAAAACAAAUUCGUCCAUUAAUCGACGAGUAUGAUCAUAUGAUUAAAUAUCAUAUCAAACCAGAGCACGAACAAAGAUUAAGUACAAAAGAAAAUACAGAUCUAGUUGAUGACGAUAAAAAUGAUGACAAUCACAGUCAUGAUUCUGAUUGUGUUGUAAUUUCACAGCCUUUAGAAUCUACUUCGGAUGUUCCAAAACCAAUAAAUGAUCCGAAAAAGGAGCCUGAAGUCGCACCAAAUGUACAAACGAAUAAAAAUCCUAGUGACAAGCCAAUUGAACAGAAAAAUUCUCAAGAUGGAGUAAAAUCAUCAAAUCAACCAGAAAUGCCACAAAAUGAAGUGAAACAAAUAUUGCGAAUAAAAAGUUUACCAGGUGAUAAGCUUUCAGGUAGAACUAAUGAAAGUUCUACAUCUCUGCAUCCCAUACAAGUUUUAGAUCCAGAGAUGACUUUUGAACAACUAACAGAAUUAGAAAGAGCAAGAAAGACGUUAGAAAAUGCCGUGAUAUCUGAAAAACAACCUUCAGUUCCAACAAGUUCUUCAAACUAUAUUAAUCCAUCGAUGACUCCACUUCCAAAAGGUUGUAUACCGCAAACAACACCAGAACAAGAAGCUGAUUUGCAAGCUGUGAUAGAAGAAAAUAUUUCUAGAUAUGAUCAAGUACAACAACCAGUUAUUAGAAGAGCUCCCAUAGUACCUCCUUUCCGGCCAAACAAACCAGUUAAUUUUAGAGCUUCUAUAGCACCAACAAUGCUACCAAACAGUAUUAUAUUGCACACAACAACAAAUGCACUAGUGACAUACACACUUUCAUCUGGAUCUUUCCGUGGAGUUAAUGCUAUAAAUAAUGUAAGAAUGGCACGACCUCUUCCUAAUCAAAACGACCAAACAUCUCCAUUGUUUGUGAAUCAGCAAGCAUUUGUACCAAAUACUAUACGAAGAACUCUUCCUAAUCAAUCAUAUCAAGUUCGUCCAACAGCAGCUAUUGCUCCAAGUUCAAAAAAUAGUUUUAAUGACAUUGAAAGUGGCAAUCCAAGCAAUGCUUUAAUAUCGAAUUCUAGUGAAGCUCAAAAUUCUAACACAUACGGAAGUAAAGCAACUAUCAGGCCAAAUUAUGGGAGAUUAGUUCAAAGACCACCAAUCCAUGUUCCAGCUCCAGAAACAAUUAAUGCAAUUCAAAAUCAAAUUCCGAGUACGUCGCAAUGUGUUGUUCAAGGAAAUGUUGCCACAAUGUGCUCAAUUGUGUGUAAAACGAGAUCGAUGAGACCUUGGCUGGAUAUAGAGGAUUUAAAAGUUAAAUCUGUUAUUGAAAAAUGUUUUGAUACAAACUAUAUGAGUAAGCUUUACAAAUGCAUGCUUAUUACAUGUAGUUUCGCUACUGAUCAUUCAAAUGAUUUCCGCGAUCACUUAACAUUGCAUCAAAAAGCAGUUAAAAAUCCAAAAAAUUCAAUUUUCUGUUGUAGCUAUUGCACUUAUAAUACUCAAAGUGUUAAUGAUCUUGUGCUGCAUAUUACUAGAAAAUACAGCCAAUGUAAAUUUUAUUGUUCUCGAUGCUUCUAUAGAACAUGCAGUCAGUACAGUGCUGUCCAACAUACUUUGAUUCAUAAAAACGUCGGCACAACCAAAAUAUAUAAUAUUCAAUCUAUCCAGCCCACCAUGGAAGAUCAAGAGUUUGAAAAAAUCAAUUUAAGAGAACUUCCAAUAUUACGAUGCAUUGGUUGUCCUCAAUUAUUUCAUACGUAUUAUCAGUUUAAAUUACAUUUAAGGCAAUGUUACACAAAUUCAAGAGUUAACUGCAACAAAUGCAAUAAAAAUGAUUCAAUCAGCAAUUUAGAGCAACAUCAAACAAAUUGCUAUGGAGUUUAUACAUACAACUGUUGUUACUGCUUAUUUGGAACUCAAAAUAUUGAUUUAUUGUCAGAACAUGUAGUCCACGUACAUAUGGAAAAGAUUCCAUUCUACAUCGAGCGAUGCGAUACAUCUCAUUUAUUAACACCUCUUCUGAAGAAAGCAGCCUGCGUUAAGAAGUUUGCAGGAAGUAAAUUAAAAUUCACAUUUAAUAAACUUUAGAAGUUGUAAGCUUGACUUGUUUUAUAGACAAUGUCGUAAUGCAAAUGUUUUAUCAUCGCUUUACUAACGUCUUAUGAUUCACAGUAGAUCAAUAGGAACUAAUCAUUAAAUUUUCUGAAUACUUAAAAAAAAUCUAUUACAUAUUUAAGAAAUAAAGG